GUAAGAGAUUGCCAAUUUACACUUGUCAUAAAUAUCAAGGCUAAACUGGAACUGUGAGCUUAUUACACAAAGCAACGUCUGUCUAGUUCAGAUCACACAGUUCAGGUAACUGGGCUGCUCCGUCACUGAGGAGUUGGUAUUCCUUUUUCACAAUGGCAGUAGGAAAGCUGCUGCUGUUUUCUCUGGCUGUGGCACUAACUGCCUAUUACUUUUAUGACACAGAAACUAUAACUCCAGGCAUGGUAAGAGGGAAGAAAGUGCUGGUCACUGGCUCCAGUACUGGGAUUGGAGAGCAGAUCGCAUAUAAAUUUUCAGAAAUGGGAGCUCAUGUCAUGCUCACAGCCAGAAGAGCCCAGCGACUACAAGAGGUUGCAAAGCGGUGUCUCCAGCUAGGAGCCAGUUCGGCGCAAUAUGUCGUGUCUGAUAUGAAGAACUUGACUUCAGCUCAGCAUGUGGCCCAAGAAGCUAUUGAUAAAUUAGGUGGCGUGGAUUAUUUAGUUUUAAAUCACGUGGGAGGAUCUGGGUCAUUUGGAUAUUUUCAAGGUGACAUGAAGGAUGUGCUGAGUUCCAUCACUGUCAACUAUCUCAGUUACAUCCAGUUGACAUCCACAGCAUUGAAAGCGCUGCAAAAAUCUCAAGGCAGCAUUGUCAUUAUGUCUUCAAUGAGUGGACGAAUUGGAAGUCCAUUUACCACAAACUACUGUGCAGCCAAAUUUGCCUUGGAAGGUUUUUACAGUUCCCUCCGCAGAGAAUUUACACUAAGCAAGAAUAAUGUUUCUGUCACUGUGGCUGUUCUUGGAUACAUUGACACAGAAAAUGCUGUAAAAAAAGUGGGUGACAAAAUAACCAUGACAGCAUCAUCGAAAGAGGACUGUGCUGAAGAGGUGGUGAAAGCGGCAGUCUUGAGACGGCCAGAGCUAUUCUACCCAUACUGGGGAAUUAAGCCAUUGGUUUUAAUUCGAGACUUCGCUCCAACUCUGAUGGGAAAUAUCCUGGAUAAGUUUUAUGUUCUGGAGAACAUCCAGUGAGCUGGGGUCUUACACAGAACAGUUUUUUUUUACAGCUUUGCUAUCUGAACAAAUAAAGGAAAACAGUUUAACUACUUCAAUACCAGGCACUUCCACCCCCUUCCUGCCCAGGCCAAUUUUUAGCUACACAGUACCCACAUUU